AUGAUAUGGUCUUGGAAUUCGAUUGCGAAAUUACUUGUCCCUUGUGAAGUUCUACUUGUUACUAAACUAAUUUUUUGUUUAUUAUCAUUCCCAAAAUGUCUUUUUUCUUACAGUGUAGCUUUGUCUUCUGUGAUUGGAUGUAUAUUUUCAUCUCCAAUAACAGUAUUUUCAUUUUUCCUUGUAAUGAAUUGGAUAUCUUAUUACUUUUACUUAGUGGUUUUUAUAACCAUUUCUAGUCGAUCAAUCUACUCAGAUAUUUGUAAGUUAAUUUACUUGGGAAUAACUUAUAAAGUCCCGUUUACCUUAAGUAACAUCGAGUUGUUUAUUUAUACAUAUACAAGUACGCUUUACUUUUUGGGGUUGUUAAAUGAGAAAGAAUCUGUUUUCGGUGUUAUUUUUUGCUUUUUGGUUUUCUUUUCCCUGUGUCUCUAUCGUUGCGUUCUUUCCUGGAAGGUAUUACGCUUGUCCAACAACCAUUUUGUACGACUUUUGUUAGAUGCACGUCUACCCACAAGCUUAUUUUUGUACGGUUUAUAUAUUACUUGGCUUCUCAGUGUAUGUUUUUAUCUAGGGUCGCAUAUUUUUACAAGAAUGUCCACUCCUGUUUCCAAUACUAUUCUCUGUACUGGUAUUUUUCUCCUACAAGUCCAUGUUAGUUUGAUCCUGGCUUCUAUUAAGCUUUUGAUCUUACCCGUCAAAAGUUACAGUUUGUACAAAAUGAUUUCUACUUCAUUUUUAUCUAUGGAAGGAAUUAGUUUUCUUCUUAUUUUAUCUUAUUCUGCAUGGAAAUUCUAUCUAAGCGAGUCAUCUCUUGUGUACUUAGGAUACGCUGAAAUAUCAAGUCAUGUCAUUUUCUUAACUGUUAUCUUUUGUCUUCUAUAUGUCUAUGAAAACUUGUUACCAUCAGUACAGUCGGAAUUAUUUUCUAUGGACAAAAUUACUAUUUUACCUUCUGAUUCUUGUAGUCUGUGCACCUUAUCGCUGUUUCAGCCUAGUAUUCUGACAUCAGAUGUUACUCUCAACUUCAGUGGCGAAUGCCAGCACUUAAUGCAUAUGUCAUGUGCACAAAUUUCGGAAUCGAUCUCAUUUCCUUGCUUGCGAUGUUCUGUAGAAUCUUUCAUCUGUGUACAGGAUGCCAAUAAUAAUUCGGCGAUUUUCAAUGAAUUACACUCUAACUAUGCUGACUCUGAAGUAUCUAAUACUUCGAAUUCACUGGAAGAAUCUUCAUCAAAUUCUUCCAUUUAUGAUGAUAAAGACGUAGAUUUAAGUGUUUAUUUAAAUUUGGAUCAAUUCAAUAAAAGCAAUGUAAGCCGAACAUUACGCAGACUGGAUGGAUCCAGUUCUUCUUUGUUUUCUGUUGAUGACGAUGUUGACAACGACGUUUUAUCAACAGACAGUGCCGAGUGGAAUUAUAAUAAUCCUAGUUGCGAAUCAGAUAUAAGCAGCUUUUGAAAACAAAAACAAUUUAUUCAGCAUUAUCCACUUAUUUUUGGCUUUCAAAACUAAUAUUUUUACUUCUUUUUUCUGAAAAAAAGAUGAUAUCACACCUAGUCUUUGCAUUUGUACUUGCUAAGAAUCGUUUAUAC